UGGAAAAGUACUAAUUCCGUGAGGAAAUGUGAACACAGUUAAUAAAAAAGGGUUAUAAUACUAGAUUACGUAAUAUGAAUAAUAAUAAUAACACUGGAUUUGGUGAAUAUAAUAAGAUGAUUAAAAAGUUUUUGUCAUAAAUAAUCAAAGGUCAUAGAGGUGUAAAAAAUAAUAAAUAAGGUGAUAUGAUGAGCAUUUACGAAUAAAACAAUGAGAAUAUAAGACAUAAGUAAAGGGGGGAAUGCAGUAAUAAUAAUAAUAAUAAUAAUAGAAUAAUCAAAAUAAUUAAGGCCAAGGUAACGAUAACGAUAAGACGUACUUCUUUUGUACGCAUAGUUCUGGUUUAAGCUCCUGGAUGGCAAGAGCUUCGGCUUGGACUUCCCUUGGACUAUACCAAGGGGGCCGAGAAACUCCCCACCAUGGUUCAGUAGGAAGGUUCGCAUCCUUCUCCGUAAGAGAAGAAAAAUUUGGGAUAGAUUUAGGUUACUGGGAACUGAUGAAACUAAAUCCCAGUAUAGAAAAGUCCGGAAUACCUGUGCCUCGAACCUCCGUAUGUCUAGAAAGUUGUACGAAGAAAAUAUUGUUAAGGAAUCCAUAGAAUGUCCUAAACGCUUGUAUUCUCAUAUAAACCAAAGGACAAAGAGAAGAGGAAAUAUUCCUGCUCUAUGGGGAGACAGUACUGCCGCGUCACUAGUGGAGGACGACUUUGGUAAGGCUCAAGUGUUCUCAAACUACUUCAGCAAUGUAUACACCAUAGAAGCACCCUUCCCAUCAGUGCAUACAGAUCCCCCCACACAUACACCGGAUAGCGUGACCAUUAAAGAACUCGAUAUCUUUGGUCUACUAAAUAAGCUUGACAUAGGUAAAUCCACGGGGCCCGAUGAAUUACAUCCUAGGCUACUGAAGGAAUUAUCUAACUUCGUUGCGAACCCUUUAAGUAUAUGCUUUAAACUAUCCGUAACGCAGGGUCGUUUACCCAAAGACUGGAAAAACGCCAUAGUAAGUCCUGUCUUCAAAACAGGUACGAAACACAAACCUGAGAAUUACCGCCCCGCUGGCCUAACUGGUGUGGUUGUUAAAAUCUUAGGAAAGAUUAUUCGGAAGGAGCUGUUUAAGUAUCUCGAUAAAAACCGGAUCCUUUCAGAGAAGCAGCACGGUUUCAGAAUAAGUUACUCUUGUCUCACUAACUUAUUAGUGGCUCGUGAAAGCUGGUGCGCUCUUAAGGACCAAAAGUCACCUGUAGACGUAGCCUUCAUUGAUUUCAGCAAAGCUUUUGACAAGGUUCCGCACAACCGGCUGUUAUAUAAGUUAAGAAAUGUCGGAAUUGGAGGCAAUUUAUUGAUGUGGAUAAAAGACUUCUUAGUUGGGUGUCAACAAAGAGUUCGGGUGAACUCAAAGUUAUCUAGCUGGAGAACUGUGCUUAAUGGAGUGCCCCAGGGUACAGUUCUGGGGCCAGUGCUAUUCCUCUUGUAUGUAAAUGACCUUCCUCGUCUCCUAUCAUCAUCGGUCUUGCUAUAUGCUGACGAUGUCAAGAUAUGGAGAACGAUACGAUGUGAGGGUGAUAGCUUAGAACUUCAAAAUGACCUGAAGAAAUUAUCUGAAUGGUCUCAAACCUGGCAGUUGCCGACAAAUACUUCUAAGUGUGUUGUGAUGCAUAUCGGUCAUCAAGGCACAGAUACAUACACGAUGAAUAACACUGAGCUACCUGUCGUCCAGACACAUAAUGACUUAGGAGUCAUCGUUAGCCAAGACUUAAAGACUACUGCACACUGCCGUGCAAUAGCCGCCAAAGGUUUUAGAACCUUAUGGUCAAUACGUAGGGCUUUUAGUCAUGUCGACGCUAAGACGUUUUUGACUUUAUAUACAGUGUUCGUACGUCCUAAACUUGAGUACUGCAUACAAGCGGCCAGACCCUGCUUAAAAAAAGACAGUGAGCUUCUGGAAAAGGUUCAGAGAACGGCAACUAAGCUGAUUCCCGGAAUAGCAAAGCUUCCGUAUGAAGCUCGACUGGCCAAGCUGAACCUUUUCCCGUUGUCAUAUCGCAGAACUAGAGGCGACUUGAUUACAGUUUUCAAACUGCUUAGUGCCAAAUUUGCACCUGAUAUGCCCUCAUUUUUCUUGUCUGCCAAAACAGAGAAUUUACGAGGACAGUCCAAAAAGUUCACAAGCCAAGAACAAAUAACUUGUCAGCUGACUAUCGACUUUCCCGUCGAAUCAUCAACGAGUGGAACUCAUAACCUCAGCACGUGGUUGAGGCUCCAUCCAUCGAUUCUUUCAAAAGAAAGUUGGAUCAACUGAGAGACCACCAUUGCCAGGACUAACACAGGCCAUCAGGCCUCCUGUCCUUCCCAAACUGAAACUGGAUACGAAGAAAUCUGGGUAGAUUUGAAUGAAUCAAAUAAACAACCUUAAAAUCAAUUUGUGUAUCUGUAGAAUGGUUAUAGUCGAUUAGGUGUUCAAGUAUAGAACUCCUAACUGCUUUCCUUUCACCCUUAUAAAACCAUGCUGAGAUAUGUUCCCGUAUCCGAGUUAUAUAUUCUUAUCAUGAAUUAUUCAUAUUAAGUAAGUAAACAAACUUUGUCUUUCUUUCUUAAUAAAUCAAAUCAAAAUAACAGAUUCCUGGAAAUAAAUCACAGAAAAUAAUAUCUACAUGAUUAUCCACUUGAGACAGUUUUUGAUAAUAAACUCUGUAAAGUAGAAAAAGUGCUCAUCUAUCAAGGAUAAUAUUAGUGUGGCGAAUAGUGGUGGAGAUUGCAGUAUUUCUACAGUUGAAAUCCUUCAUACUAAUAACAAUCACAUUCUCACAAGUGACUAACUUCAAAAUGUAACUGCUGACGUUCUGGUGAAGAGCUGUGACCAAUGGAGGGUAAUCUGUGUAGGGCGUGAGACUGUUAUCCAUCGCAGGUGAUGGAUGAAGGCUUAUGCACGAUCAUAAAUUGAUUGAAGUUAAACACUGAAAUCGCUUAAUACUAACUCAAUAGUUUAGAGGUUAAGCGUUUACUCACGAGACUAAGGGUUCUGAGUCCGAUUUCCACCUGCGGGACCGCAGCUGAGCAUAGCCAUUUAGUGGUCUAACCAAGAUGAGUUUGUGAGUUCAACUGUAAAAAGUAUAAUAUUAUUGCCAAUGACUGGACAAAAUGAUUAUAAUGACUUGAAUAAUAUUACUGUACUUAACUAUAAGAAUUCAUUAUGAAAGGAUUGAAAAAAACAUCAAUGUAAUGUAACUCAUUUACCAGGUUUAUGUUUUUGGUAUAUAACUUUCAGACACAUGAUUAUUGUGAAACCACGUGAUACUUUAUAAUAAGUGCUCAAGAUCAAAUAUGUCAAAAGAUGUUCAAAUUUACAACUAACAGAUUAAAUGACUAAAAUUGAAACAAUCAAUUCGUAACUCACACAUCAGGCAAACAUAUAUACAUUGAUCUUUCAAUAUCAAUUAAUUAAACCAAUGGACAAUAAUUCUAUAUUGUCAUAAUGAAGUUAUUUGUGGCAAAAUGUUUACAAUAGAAUAUUUCCGCCUGGAGUCUCUCCGGGGGCUACUGCUGGUCCCAAGCCCGGAUAAAGGAGGAGGGUUGGGCAUGGGGUUAGCGAACCCAUCCCGUAGAAAACUAACUCGCCAAACAAACGCUAACCAGAAAAAAUUAUCAGCAACAACCUCCUUUGGGAAAAAACCAACCAGAUCAUAGCGAAGGAAGAAAUCAGGAAGAAGCACUGGAAGUGGAUAGGAUACACAUUGAGGAAAGCACACACCUGAGUCACAAGACAAGCCCUCACCUGGAAUUUCGAAGGCCAAAGGAGGAGAGGAAGACCAAAGAACACAUUACGCCGUGAAAUGGAGAUAUACAUGAUUAAAAUGAACAAGAAUUGGAUGGAACUAGAAAAGAAGGACCAGGACAGAAGGGGUUGGAGAAUGCUGGUUGGCACCUAUGCUGCAUUUGGAGUAACAGGCGUAAGUAAUUAAGUAAGUAUUGUCUAUCUUAAUAUUUACAUAUUUAUUGAAGCUAACUAUAUAUCACUUCUUCUACAUGUAACAGUUUUUUAAUCAAUAACGUAUUUCAAUCACUCUAUAAGUUAAUGUAUUUCAUUAAGUGAUCAUCAACUUCCUACUGUUAUACACCUUUCAAUAUGUUUUAUUCAUAAUAUUCUAUCAUAUUAAAUAGAAUUGACAUUUUGAAGAUUUUAAUUAUGAUUUAUAAAUAUUUGUUACCAUGAUAUAUUCAAUCUGCUAGCGUUUUUUACUAGCUAAUAACCAAUGUAUAUGCGUUUUGUAUUCAAUACUUUGAUUGAUCAUCCAUGGUGCUAACUUUUAUUCAGCAGAUUGUUAUUCCGACGUAGUUGGAAAAUGGGUUAUAUAUAUUAUAUAUAUGAGUGUAUAGCGUUUUAUUAAAAUAUCUAUCAAGCUAUAAGACCACAUUUUAGCACGAUCUGUACUUUGUAAUAUUUAUAAAUUGGUUCAGAAUCAGAUGUGUUUUAACGACACUUUGCUCUUAACCUUUUAAAUACAAAGUGUUUAAUGAUUCAUCUAAAAAAUAUGAAUAACUUAAAUAAAAAUAAAUUUCAUUUGUUAGAUUGAGGUAGGCUUUAUACUAGAAUUAUCUAUUGAGAGCAUAAUUUGUUUGCAAAGUAAGUGGAUCGAGUUUUUUUACUGGGAUCAUGAAUUGAUGAAUGUUAGACCAUCAUUGAAAACCUGGAAGCAUUGGAUGGCCGUUUCGUCCUAGUAUGGGACUCCUUAGUAGUGGGCAUUCACGAUCCCGCACAUGGGAUUGAAACCCAGGACUUUCGGUUUUGUGUGAGGGAUCGUGAAUGCGUAAUACUAGAUUGAAACGGCUAUGCAAUUCUUUCAGGUUUUCAAUCUCAAUCAAAGACUCAUCAAUCUUCACAAUCCCAUAUUGAUAAGUGAAUUGAUUUUUACUCUCCUUCUUAACAUUCAUUCUAAAUUCCGUCAAAUUCAUGAGUAUUAUAUAAUCCUAGAUUGUUGGAUGAAACGUUGGAUUUACUUCAAAAUUCAUUCGCUGAGAUUUUACAAUUACAUUCUCCCUCUUUUUGAUGUCUGACAUCAACUCGGCACCCAAAUACUGUGAAACUAUUUCAUCAAAUUUAGACGAAAGUUCUUAUUCAUUAUUAUUUAUAGUUCAUGUUCAGAUGAAAGAUAUUUUGUAUUAUUACAUUCGUCAUUGGAG